AUGACGAGGCCACCACAGCAACCCGACUUCUCACCCGCCGACUCGCCCUCGUUCCGCGCCUCGUUCGAGCAAUGGCGCCGCUCCCUCACCGCCCUCGCCUCGCCCCCACCACCGCUCCGCUGCGACCCCGAGUACAACCAGCCCGCCCAGUGGUCCGAUGGCCCCGUCAUGCACGGCGACACCGACGCCGCCACUCCGCCGACAGACCCGAAGCGCGAGGCCGCAGACUGCCGCCGCUGCGAGAAGUGGAGGGACGAGUUGUCGAGGGACAGUCCGAUCGUCCGCUUCCUCCUCACCCACAUCUCGCUCCUCCCUCCCUCGCGCAACUCGACCAUGCCCGCGCCCUCGUCCUCCCCAACCCCUCACCUGCCCCUCCCAAUCACGUGCGCCCCCUGCCCGCCAACCAUGGCCGGCGGGUUCUCGCCCGAACUCGGCAUCCUCCUGUGCCAGAACCGGUUCAUGAGCCGCAAGCACGUCGAGGACGCGCUCGCGCACGAACUCGUUCACGCGUGGGACGAGCGCAGGUUCGAGCCGAGGGGCAAGUGGGGCGAUGACCUGCGCGCGCACGCUUGCACAGAGAUCCGCGCCGAGACCCUCUCGGGCGACUGCCGCUUCGGGCGCGAGUUCACGCGCCGCAACUGGCACUUUGCCAAGCAGCACCAGGCGUGCGUCCGGCGCCGCGCCACCCUCUCGGUCGCGGCCAACCCCAACUGCAAGAGCCCCGAAGAGGCACAGCGCGUCGUCAACGAGGUGUUCGAGUCGUGUUGGCCCGACACGAGGCCGUUUGACGAGAUCUAUUGAGCGCACCUCUCCCUCUCGACACUGUUGUACCCGACGCCUGUAACCCUGCCGCAUCUCGCACUUGU